AUGAAUGAAAAUUUUGAAAUUUUUGUACACAACAUGUAUGAUAAUAAUAAUUUUUUCAAUCAUUCAAAAAAUAAUAGUAUCGAUCAAAUCAAACAAAGCAGAUAUAUUGAAAUAACUAGAAAUGUAUUACAAAUGCAUUCAUUGGUCGAUGAAAAAGAGAAGAAAAAAUUUACCGCCUCUGAAAAAAAACAACACGAUUCAUCCAUGUUGAUGAGAAUGAAGAAAAUCAUUCCGAUAAAUAAUGGCUCAUCAUGUAAUUGUUCACCAUUGGAUUUGAUACGUUCACAUGUUCCUAUACUAGAUUGGUUACCUAAAUAUUCAUGGCGAUCAUGGUUAGGUCCGGAUAUAAUUGCUGGUAUUACCGUUUCUAUAUUACAUAUACCACAAGGUAUUGCCUACUCAAUGUUGGCCGGUCUUGAUCCUGUUCAUGGAUUGUAUGUAUCAUUUUUUCCUGUUUUAAUCUACGCAUUAUUGGGAACAUCACCACAUAUAUCGGUGGGUACUUUCGCUAUCGCUAGUAUUAUGUUGAAUAAUAUUGCAAUGAAAAUGGGAACUAUUAAUGGGAAUCAUCUCAAAAAUAUAAGUUCUUCACCAAUGAACGAUUCAAUCACAGUGACCGACCAUUCGAGUUUAGUUACUGACAAUUCAUCAACGAUAAUGAUGAUGAACACACCAACCACACUUGAAGUAUUGACCAGUGUCUGUAUACUUUGUGGUAUCAUUCAGAUCAUCAUGGGAUUAAUGCGUUUAGGAUCACUUUCAUUAAUUCUAUCUGAACAGCUUGUAUCGGCUUUUUCCACUGCAGUUGCAUUUCAUGUGGCUACAUCACAAUUAAGUCCCAUUUUUGGCUUCACCAAUGUAACAUUGGCUAAGAGUGGACCAUUAAAAUUGAUCAAGACCUGGAUAAUAUUGGCAAAACAUUAUGAUGCGAUCAACAUACACUGUUUGAUAUUUUCAAUCAUAUCCAUUGCAAUAUUAAUCGUAUCGAAAGAGUUGUUGGAACCAAAGUUGAAAAAUUUCACCUCGUUUCCAUUGCCAAUUGACCUUAUUUUAGUGAUUACAUCAAUUGUGUUGUCAUGGUUGUUCAAGUUUAACCAUCAAUUUGAUAUACAAGUGGUGAAAAAAGUGCCUACUGGUCUGCCAAAACCAACCGUACCACGAUUCGAUAUAAUGCCCAACAUAUUUUUCGAUUCACUCGUACUAAGCAUAAUUUGUUUUGCCGUUUCAUUAUCAUUGGCCAAGAUAUUCGCCAAAAAACAUGGCCAUCAAAUUCGACCGAACCAAGAAUUAUUUGCACUUGGUACAGCCAAUAUAUUCUCAUCAUUUUUUAUGGCCUAUCCAUGUUCAGCUGCUUUAUCGCGUUCAACAUUACAAGAGAAAAUUGGUGGCAAAACACAGAUUGCCGGUCUUGUAUCAUCAACGAUCAUAUUAACAGUGUUGCUCUUCCUAUCACCAUUCCUUUAUCAUUUGCCUAAAUUUACACUAUCAUGCAUCGUUUUAGUUGCAUUGAAAUCAAUGUUUCUACAGAUAACUGAUGUGAAAAUUUUCUGGCUCAUUUCCCGAUUAGAUGGUGCGGCCUGGAUGAUUACAUUUUUAUCCGUCAUUAUUCUUGACAUUGAUUAUGGUCUAAUCAUUGGAAUCAUUUCUGCAAUAUUGGUUAUUCUAAUCAAAUUGGCAUUUCCUAGAAUAUCAAUACUUGCACAUUUAGUAUCCACCGAAAUUUAUCUGGAAAAAGAUAGCUACAAUAACUUAUUGGAAUAUCCUGGAGUAAAAAUCUAUCGUUUCUGUUCACCAUUAUUUUAUCUGAAUGUUGAUUCAUUCAAAGAGAAAAUCAUCGAUUCAUUUAUCAUUUCCAGUGAUGUUGACAAUAAUGAAUAUAAAGCUUUGAUUUUGGAUUUUAGUGGUAUGCCAUUUAUCGAUAAAACUGGCAUCGAUGUACUAAUCGAAGUGAUUAAAUCAUUACAAACAAAACAUAUUUAUACAUGCCUAGCCAAUUGUCCACAUCAUAUAAUUAGAACGUUGAAAAAUGCAAAUUUUUUCAUAAAAACUCAACAUUCAAAACACAACUGUAAGUUAUAUCCAACCAUUCAUGAUGCUGUGAUAAAUUAUUGGUGAAAAAAAUGCAUGAAUUUGAUUGUUAAUAUUGCUCGAUGUUGUAUUUUUUUCUGAAUUAUUAUUAUUAUUAUUUAAUUAUUUCUUAUUUUAUUAAAGUUUUGUACGUAUCAACGUAAUUUUUACAUAUAAAUAAUUCAUAAUAAUAUCAACAGGUAAAAUCAAUUUUUCAAAAACAACAAAACUGUAUAUAUAACCACGAAAAA